AUCCAUGUUGUUUCUCAAAGAACUUGCUUCAUUUUAAAAGAGAGAGGCUGGUGUGAAAUCACAGAGAUGCUGGUGACAUGGCUGAUUUCAGUCUGGAUGGCAUGGGGAGCAUUGGGGAGUCACGUCCAUUUUUAUAAAAACAAUAACCAGGAUGGAAGAUGCAUUUAUUGCUUUGCAGUACCCAGUAAAUAUGAAGACAGCUGUACUGGCUUAAGUGAGAUAUUGAUAAGCAUUCAAAAUCUCCAGCGAAAAAGCAAAGCUCAGCAGCUGGAACUAGAAUCAACUAGAACUUGGCUUGGCCUUCUGGAGAACCAGGUGAAUCAGCUACAUGGAAGCCAAGUUAGGAGGACUUCCUUAUCUACAGUUGACUUGCUUCAAAGGGAGGUAGAGAGUCUGAAGAGGGGACAAGCCCAGAGGGACAUCCAAACCAGCAGCCUGGAAUCUACCAUAAACGAACUCCUUCAAGAUAAGUCAGCUUUGGAAGAAGAGAAGAAACGGCUGGCAGAAGAAAAGAAUGAGCUUGAGAGAAGGUUAGAGAACAGCAUUGAGGAGGUGGCUCAGCUGAGAGUAAGCCAUUGUCCUCAGACCAGAGAAGGCAGCAGUGAGUUCCUUCACAGCUCUCCGAAAGCUAUAAAAGUUGUCUUGAACUGCCAGAAAAAAAUAGCUGGUCACAUUGUUUAUUAUGCUAACAAGAACAAAGCCUGUGAAGAUCUUUAUGGUUGUGGAACACUAGUUUGGGUUGGCGCACCAGUGACCUUUCACAGGGCUGACACCAUUACCGGAAAGUAUAGCGUGUGGAUGAAGGACCCACAACCUGUGUCUCCAUAUAGCAAUGAGACAGUUUGGAGAGUUGACACCGUCAGUGCAGAUAUCCGCCAUAUCUUUGAAUAUGAUGAUAUGGAUGAGUUUGUGAAAGGCUAUCCUUCCAAAGUGCAUGUGUUGCCCAGAUACAUGGAGGGCACUGGGGCUGUUGUUUAUCAAGGUUUCCUCUAUUUUCAGAGGCACAAGUCUAGAAUGCUGGUGAAAUAUGACCUGAAGAAUGAAGUCAUUGCAGUUCAAAAGGGGUUGCCCAAUGCUGGCUAUCAUGGACAAUUCCCCUACUCCUGGGGUGGAUAUACAGAUAUUGAUCUAGCAGUUGAUGAGAUUGGACUGUGGGUGAUUUAUGGCACUGAAAAUACCAAGGGAGCUAUUGUGCUUUCCAAACUGGAUCCCGAAACUUUGGAGAUUUCACAGACAUGGAAGACCAAUAUUCACAAGCAGUCUGUGGCUAACUCCUUCAUGAUCUGUGGCUCCUUGUAUACCAUUAGUAGCUACUCAUCCCCUGAGGCUAUUGUGAAUUUCAUCUACCGCACAAGUACAGGUAACACUGCACCACUGAAGAUCCGCUUUGAGAACCAUUACAGAUACAGCAGCAUGGUAGACUACAACCCUACAGAGAAGAAAACAAUGGCUUGGGAUAACUUCAACAAGGUGGCCUAUGACACCAGACUUUCCAAGAUGUGA